AUGACGACCUCGGCGCUGCGCCGGCAGGUGAAAAACAUCGUGCACAACUACUCAGAGGCGGAGAUCAAGGUGCGGGAAGCCACCUCCAAUGAUCCCUGGGGCCCCCCCAGCUCCCUGAUGUCGGAGAUCGCCGAUCUCACCUUCAACACGGUGGCCUUCGCCGAGGUCAUGGGCAUGAUCUGGCGGCGGCUGAACGACAGCGGCAAGAACUGGCGUCACGUCUACAAGGCUCUCACCCUCCUGGACUACCUCAUCAAAACCGGCUCCGAGAAGGUGACCCACCAGUGCCGGGAGAACCUCUACACCAUCCAGACGCUGAAGGACUUCCAGUACGUGGACCGUGACGGCAAGGACCAGGGCAUCAACAUCCGGGAGAAGGUGAAGCAGGUGAUGGCGCUGCUGAAGGACGAGGAACGGCUGAAGCAGGAGCGGGCGCACGCGCUGCAGACCAAGGAGCGCAUGGCCCUUGAGGGCAUGGGCAGCGGUAGCCACCAGGCCACCUACGGCCGCCGUGCAUCGCCCUACGGCGACGACUAUGGCCGGGCGCGGGGCUCGCCCUCCUCCUUUAACUCAUCAUCCUCAACGGUUUGCCUUGCCUCUGACCUGGAGAAAGCGAGGCCCCAGACGACGGGCGAGGGGGGGCUUUUGGAGCUGCAGCUGCAGCUUGCGCUGGCCAUGAGUCGGGAGGAGGCGGAGAAGAAGCCACUUCCUCCAAUUUCCAGUACAGACGAAGAAAGGCAAUUGCAGCUAGCGCUCGCGCUGAGCAAAGAGGAGCACGAGAAGGAGGUGAGGGUUUGGCAAGGGGAGAACUCCCUGCUGCAGAGAACCGUGGAGGAGACUGCCCAGGGCAGGGAGGAAGAGGAGGAAGAAGACAAGAUGAAGAAAAGCCAGUCCUCCAUCCUGGAGCUGGCAGAUAUAUUCGGGCCAGCGCCAGCCCCCGCCAGCCACACGUCUGCCGACCCGUGGGAUAUGCCAGACAUGAAACCCAAAGCAGAGCCGGCAGCCUCCGCCUGGGCCGCUGCCCCCUGGGUGCCGGUCCCAGCUGCCAGCGGGGAGCCCCUCUCCCAGGCGAGCGCCUCGUCCCAGCAAACCUCUGCCGGGCCCUGGGAUUUUCCUCCCAGCACCACUGCAGCCUCUGACCCUUGGGGGAAGGCACCCAUGUCUUCUGGCUUCCCUCCCACGGACCCCUGGGUGUCGGCAUCUCCCUCCGCCCAGGUCUCGGGUUCUACACCGGCUACCGACCCUUGGGCCGCGGUGGCCGAGCAACCUCCUAACCCUGCUCCAGGGGCGGACGCUUUUGACCUGUUUGCAAAGCCUCCCGAGCCAGCUGAGCCCCCGGAGCAGGAGCCCUUGCAGCCCCCCUCCUCCGCCAAGUACAACAGCCAUGUCGUUUUUUCCCUGUCG